AAGGGUUCUAGUUUAUAUAUGUGCAGUUUUGUUUUCAUAUCCGUUAAACUUUGGAAGGUAUUACAUACAUGAUAAUUUGUGAAUAGUUUAACAUGAUUUAGGAAUGAUACUUUAACUUUAUGAAGUGAAAAUAGAUAUUCAGGAGGCUGGAUUGUCAACAACGUACCAAUUAGAACUAUCUAAAAGAAGAUGAUGUCGAUUGCUUUCCUGCUAAUAUUUCAAGUUUUCUUUGUUUCAAAAGUUAUUCAUGGCCAAUGUACUAGCAAUGGUACAUGCGUCUGUCACUGUGGCAACUGUACUUCUGGAUGUGACGCCUGUUUACCUGGAUGGAGCGGAUCAAUAAUCAAUCAUUGCCAAAAAUCUAACACUUUUUACGACAAAGCUUCUGAGAAUACAACACUUUUGGAUGGCGAUUUUGAUACUUAUGUUGAGGAUAACAGCAUUCCUCCAUAUAUACGCGUUGAAUUCCAAACUAUUUUCGAACUUCGUCAAGUUGACGUUACCCUUGAACUUGCAGAAAAGAUUAUGUACACGGUGUAUGUUAAAUCUGACCCAUAUAGAAGAUCUGAGUCGAUAAUAUGUAGCAGCUUCACAAGUGGAUAUGUCAGCAUGAAGAAAACUGUCACCGUCACGUGUAAUACACCUCUUCAAGGAAAGUUCAUUGAAAUUGUUGCAUCGAGUUUACCAAGAACAACCCUAAAAGUGUUCGAAAUUGAGCGGUUCGAAUGUUCAAAUGGCACGUACGGCGAAAAUUGUUCCGGGAUUUGCUCAGCAGGAUGUAACAAACAGUGUGAUAAAGAAACAGGUGACUGCGUUUGUAAAAUUGGUUACUGGGGAAGGUUUUGUAACAGGACAUGUCCAUUGCAUUGUAUUAAAAACCUGUGUGACUCGAAUACAGGCGAUUGUUACAGCUGUAACAACGGAUAUUAUGGAGUGAAAUGCCAAGACCGUUGUGCUGUGGGGUGUCUGGAGUCUUGUAACAUGGCAUCAGGCUUAUGCUUUUGUAAACCGGGCUUUUAUUCGGCAAAUUGCUCGUUGCAAUGUCAAUCAAACUGUGCACAGAAUGAGUGUCUUCAAGAAACGGGGCACUGUAGUAGGUGUGAAAAUGGAUGGUUUGGUGUAAAAUGUGAAUCAAAUUGCAGCCGUUGUGGGGGAAACAGUUCGUGUGACAUUAAAACAGGUGAUUGUUAUUUGUGCUCUGUAGGGUAUUUUGGGAACUCGUGCAAUAAGAAAUGUAACGAAUUUUGUGACUCAAGUAAACCAUGUAACAAGAUUACUGGAAAAUGUCAGAACUGUAAACCUGGUAGAUAUGGAGAAUAUUGUACAGAAUUUUGUAGCAGAACUUGUAAAAACUUGAAAUGUUUUAGCAAUCAAUCAUGCGUGAAUGGGUGUGAAGAUGGUUUUUUUGGUAGUCACUGCGAUAGUCCUUGUAGUGCCGCUGUUCCAAGUUGUAACCAAUGUGAGCUCGUCAACAAUGUUCCUGUUUGUCAACGUUGUGCUGAUCCAUUGUAUCUAGAUGGAUCAGCUUGUUUUGAAUGCCCUGACUAUUGUUCAUCUUGUAGCUCAAGUGUAAAAUGUCUGGAGUGUAAAACUAAACGUUUCUAUGGCGACACUUGUAACCUAACAUGUAACAAAGAUUGUCUGAACAGGACAUGCGAUAUAACAGGCCAUUGUGUACAUGGAUGUGACGACGGCAAAUAUGGCAGUAGAUGUGACCAGGAUUGUCCGAGCGGGUGCAGGACUUGUCACAAUUCAUCCGUGUGUUUUGAAGGUGAGAAUGGUCAUGAGAAAUUAUGUAAUAAAUGUUCAAGAAGAAAAAAAUUGAUUUUAAACUGCAAAUCUUAUACGUAAAUUCUCCCAAUAAUUUUCAUUUUUUCGCUUUUAUUAUGAAUAUGCAUUCUCUAUCUAUGUAUAACAAAUCUAAAAAAUUUAUAUGCAUCAUAUCUUUUGACAUCCUAUAUCGAAUUCAAACGUAAGAUAAUGAGAAAAUGUUUCUAUAAGAACAUUUCUUAGCUUUAUCAAAUUGGUCUUUACGGACGAUAUAACAUUAUCGCGCAAUAUUUGAAUUCUUCGACGCGUGGCUUUACAACGUGUUUGGUAUAGAUAGUAUGACUGUACAGAUAGAGAAAAUUUCAGGUAUGUAUUAAAACUGCUGAUCCGAGGUAAGUUUAACAAUGAAAUUCUUUUUUAUUCAAUGUUCACUACCUUCAUAACCCGUAUAAAUAAUAACAUUUUAUCUUUAUAUUUACAUAUCUCAAUGUUUUAUAUGGCAAGUCCUGACAAUCUUUAUUUACCCAUUGUUGAGUGUUUUGGUAAGGAUGAUUUGCAUAAUUUUCUAUCCUAAAUAAAAAAGUUUCCAGCAACGAAAACGCGCGUCUAUGCGUAAGGAAAAAAAAGGUCAC